CGGUCGGCGCAGCAAGUUCGCGAGUUCGAGCAGCGGCGCACAGCGAGAAAAAAGAGUAGCGUUCCAAGUCUUCGCCCCCAGUCGCUGACGCCGAGGGCGGCUCAGAAAACUUGGCUCCUUUUCUGUCCAUUUUCGCAGGAGAAAAGGGCGCGCGAGUGGAGAUCCGCAAAUAACGGAUCUCGAUCUAUAGACGAACUAGUUUUAGAUUGCGCAAUUUUAAAGCGAAAAUCGCGAAAAGCAACUGUUUAAGUGCGCGCGUCGACGAGUGAAAUUCGAUAGCAAAGGCAAAAGCAAAGCUCUGAAAAGCCGUUUUAAAACAAAACAGAAAAACACUGCAAGAAAAACUGUUUAAAUACAAAAACAACAGAGCAACAUGGCGACCACCGCCUGCGUACGCUGCGCCCAACAACAACAACAACAGCAUGGGGCGCAUGCGCAGCAGCAGCGACGCAACAACAACUUCAGGCGGAUUCUGCACAUUUACUGCGCGUGGGCGUCGAUCACUCUCUUGGCCGCCAGUGUUGCCAUGGUCCAAAGUGCAGCAGUCUUUGGUGAUCUGCUGUCCCAUCCCACCUUCAAGCCGCUUUGCAGCCCCCAGCACGAGCACUUCAUCGAGAGCGAGGGCAAAGAAUCUAGUCUCAUCAUCGAACUGAAGCCGGGUUCCUAUGGGGCGGAGCACGCCUCCUGCGCCCGCAUUCUGAGUGCCCCGCCCAACUACGGCUUCAUAGUGCGCCUCAUCCUGCCCAAGUUGCAGCACCGGCAGCCCCUGGAUGUGGCCACGACCAGGAGUCCGGCCACCAACAUCAUGGCCGCUCUGGCCGGUGCCAGCAACUCCUCCAAGCUCCGGCGCACUGCCAAGUCUGGGGCAAUCAUGGAGUCCUCCGCCUCCCUGAACUCCACGAAGGCCUCCCGGGUGAUGGGACGCACCUGCCCUCUGAACAUCUUCAGCUCUCUGGACCCGCACACGGCCCAGUGGCGAGUGGAUCCCUGCCAGCUGGAGGACACCGCCUCGGAGAUGGAGGAUCCGGUGAGGCUCUUCCACGGCCGCGUCAAGAUCGUCUGGGAACAUGGUCAGCAGUCGCUGCGGUCCAAGCUGAUGGUCACGGUGCUCGGGAAAGGAGAGCAGUGCAAGGAUGGCAGCAAGCACCAGUGCCUGAAGAUCGGCGAUGAGCCCAUUCUGUGCAUCUCCAAGGAGCUGGCCUGCGACGGGAUCCGCCACUGUCCGUAUAGCAACGAGUACGACGGCGAUGAGGACUACGAGCUGUGCUCGAAGCGGCAUCGCCCUGGUGCCGGCCACCUGGCCGCCGGCAUGGAGUCGGAGCUCUUCGAGCAGUUCGCCCUGGAAGUGUUCCGCAACCUGCUGGCCAACGAUGCCCCCUCGGCACCGGAGGACUCGCCGCGCAACGGCAGUGAUAGCGAUGACGGCGCUGCCGGUUUGGAUAACUCGACGGCCAGCUCGACGACCACGCUGCGCAAAGUGCACACCAAAGACAUGAAGAAGCCGGUGGGACCGGAUGGUUCGCCCAACUCGAUUGGGCCCAGUUUGGCCACCGAGGGGGAGCAGCAGAGGCCGGAAAACGAUACGGCCGAAAUGGGAGCGGGCACUGGAGCCGGCAGCGGAUUCACACGCCGGAAUUCGACGCGAUCCGGCCUGCACUCGGACCUAUCGAAGUACGGCCCGUGGGGCUACCUGAUGCUCGGCAUGCUCCUGUGCGGCGGAGCCCUGCUCAUCUGCGGCCUCUGGGCCUCCGCGUCGCAGCAUGCGGUCAACAAUGAGCGCGAGGCGGCGCUGGCCGCCGCCAAUGGAGGAGGAGGUGGUGGCCAGGACCACCUGGGGGCCACCGCGCCGCCCAACUACGAGGAGCUGGAUCCCCCGCCGGCCUACUCGGUGCUCUUUCCCAACCAGAAGGCCGCCAGCAGCACCACACUGAACCUGGAUGCCGCGGCGGCCAGCACAACAGCAGCUGCUGCAGCAGCGGCAGCAGCAACAGCAGCAGCAGCAACACUAACUGCAGCUGCAACAGCAACUGCAACAGCAGCAACACCCAGCGAUGCCCCGCAGCAACAUCAGCAGGAACAGCCAACGAACUAGCUUGUAAGCCUGACAAGAAGGUGUCGCACCUGGAAAGCACGUAGAUAUUAAGGUCCCAACAUCUCUCUGACUGACUCUGAUGCAAUUAGCUUAAAACCAAUUUAGUGAUAGCUUUAAGUGUGACUCUAUGUUAAAUGUUUGACUAUAUAUGCUAACGA